GCUCUGCCGUCAAAAUCAAGGAUUUGUAAAGUACUGCAAUUUCUAACCACUGAAUCAAAGGGAAAAUUUUGGGGGAGGAGGUUUUUCCGGGAGCUUUUAUAGGUCUGUUGUCUGUGAAUAGAUCCUAAAGUCUCAUGGAUAGACCACCUCCCAAUUAUGCAGCUGCUUCUGCAAUGGCAUAUGCCCAACAACAGCGACAAGCAGCCAACAUGCCUCAGCAGCAACAGUUUGGAUUUCAUGCGCAACAUCAACAGUUCCCUCCAUCAGUACAUGCUCCUUCUUUCUUACCUCCACAUCCAUCCCAAUUCCCUUACCAUCCACACAUGCAACAGCAACCUCCGCUUCACCAUCACCCUCCUCCACAUGCGCAACUUCAUCAUCAACAGCCACCACCUGCCUUCCCCUCAAACUUGCCCCCUCACCUAGUUCCCUCACCUUUCCAUGGUGUAUAUGAUUCCCCUCCACCACCGGUGGCUCCCCCAUCUGACCCUGAGCUCCAAAAGCGUAUUGAAAAACUCGUUGAGUAUUGUAUUAAGAAUGGCCCAGAAUUUGAAGCAAUGAUCCGUGAGAAGCAGAAAGAUAAUCCUGAUUACAGUUUCCUCUUUGGUGGUGAGGGCCAUGGUUAUUACAGAUACAAGCACUGGUUAUCUAUACACCCACCAGGCGCCCCCUAUAACCACCCUUUUCCUUCCUCUUCUGUACCUAUGAUGCACCCUCCAAAUUCUGUUAUGAAUCCUUCGCUAAGUGGCCCUCCAUUCAAUGCCACUGCUAUUGGGGCAAUGAGUGGUCCUCAAAUGCACCAACCUCCAUUUCCACCAUUCUUUGAUCAACAGCACCACCAUCAGCACCCUCAGGCUUUUGGUAGUCAUGGUGGACCAGAUUAUGACCAGUCUUUCAAAGGUCUUGCUGGUUCGCUGUCUUCCGAUGUUUCAAUUGAGCUUAAUAACGUGCUUAACAACCUUAGUGGUACUAAAGAGUCAAUCAAAAGUGCCAAGAUUUGGUUCAUGCAGAGAUCUCUGUUUGCCCCAGCUCUGGCUGAGGCACUUAGAGACAGGAUUGUUGCUUUGGAUGAUUCUGAGAGGCAACUGCACAUAAUUUACCUUGCCAAUGACAUUUUGUUUGAUAGUCUGCAACGGAGGAGCAAUCCUCAUGAACUUGAUAAUGAAGCCCUUGCAUUUAAACCUGUUUUAGGUUCAAUGCUGGCAAGGAUUUACCACAACCCUGAAAACAAGGAGGAAAACCAGUCACGGAUACAAAAAAUCUUGCAGUUCUGGGCAUCCAAUGAAGUUUAUGAUCAAGAUACUAUUUAUGCACUUGAGGGUGAGAUGCUGGGUGGUGUACCAACUUGUUUUCCUAGGCCUCCAAAAGAACUCUCUUUAUCUUCAGCUGAUUCCUUGAUGCUUGCUGGACAAACAACAAACCAUAAUAUCUCACAAUGGCAGCCUGAUAAGCAAAGUACAGCUCCAAAUGCCCCUGAUCUAGAGCACCAUAACAAACAAGGAGCCCCUCAGCAAUUUGUUCCAAACUUAGCCCCUGCUGGUGCUUUUCCAGUGUCUAUGCUCAUCAAUUCUUCUAUUCAGCCGGCAAGCCAACAAACUGCAUCCCAUUUAUUGCCUCCACCAACUGCAAAUAUUGGUGAAAAUUUGCCCCCAUAUCCUCUGUUCCCACCUGGUCUUAUCCCUGGAAUGGUCAGAAAGAUGCAGAUUGGCAGUGGGGUGCCUUACUCUCCGUUAAGUCCAUUGGACAUUCCAACAAUUAUACCUCCAUCCAGUGUUUCACCAUCAGAAAUUCUUGAGAGAGUUUCAAAGUUCUUUAAAGAGAUUGGAGAGGUAAACCCUUCUGAGGGACCAUUGGAAUCUGACUCAAGAGAUGAAGAUGAUGACAAGUAUGAGACAGGAGGGGCUUGCAUCCCUGUUCGCAAAGGAGGGGCUUGCAUCCCUCCACCUCCUAAUCUGCAGUUAGAUCCAGAGACAGGUACUUAUGCUGAUGGAAGUGUAGAGCGGAAACCAGGGGCUAGUGGGUCUGGAAGAUUGGGACUUGGGGCAACAGCUAAUCCAAAUGAGGUAAGUCAAUAUGAUGAUGUUUAUACCUCUUAUAGAAAACAGAGAAGCACCUCCUACCAUUCAUCCAUGAGUACUAGAGCUGCUACAAGAUGAAAGUUCCUCAAUCAGAGAUGAUCCUUACUAGCAUGGAACUGGAGAGUAAUUCCUUAACUUGCUUCUCUGCCACUUUUUCUAAAUUUUUUGUCUUCAACUUUCCCAAAAUGAGUGCAUAGGAGCAUGCAGCGUGAUUAAUUUAUCGUACUAGGUAACUUUUACCAGUGUAGUGUUACUGCAUUCAGAGAAUGGAUGAGAUGUAUGAUAACUAGUUAAUUUUUACAACAGUAUUCAAAGGGAACAGACUGGCACCUUAAAAUUUUGAUACCGGGGUCAUGUGGACCAAGGAGUGUGCAAUGGAAAAGAGGGACAUGCUAGAUUGGAAUGUACUUCUCUGCACAAACUAGUGAAAAGUUUUCAAUGGGAGAACCUUCUUCCCCAACAUUGUUUAAUUUCAAAUUAGAACUAAAGAUUUUAAUUAGUA